AUGCCGCCAUCAAACCAAUUCUCAUCCGGUUUAUCUCUUCACCCUCACGACGUUAGGUGUGUGUUCUUCCCUGACUCCGACAACAUCACACACAAGCAGCGCACCACCACCUGUCUCCACCAAAGAUGUAAUCGACGCCCUGGAAGUCCACCUUUUCCGUCACACACAAGUAGCCCUAACCCUAUCCCGCCACCACGAUCAACCACGAUCAACGAUUUGGGGGAACAACAAGAGGGUGAAACAAUUCGAAUCACUGUAAAAAACAAACCUGCAAGUGGAGCUGGGAUGCUUUCAUCUGCAGGAUUAUCUGAAAAGAUUAAGCCACUCAACCUUGCUCCUCCACCCGAGAAGGUUAAGUCUAAGCCUCUAGGCCUUGCUCCUCCACCAGUUGCUUCCGGGAAAAUUAGGUCUCCUAUCCCACCUGCACCCAAUGAUCCUGCUGCUGUUCGGAUGACUUCUACAACUCAUCACAUUGUUGCAAGGAAUUCUACAAAUGCUUUCACAUAUUUCUCUCAGCUCGAGGGCAGUGAUCAAGAUAAGUUGAAGCAGAUAGUGAGUGAAGAGGAUCCAACUUCUACCAAGGAUCAAAAGAGUGGAAAGACUGACAAAGAUGAGGAAAGAGUGAAAGAAAAAAAGAAUGCAACAAAUGAAAAGAUUGUUGCAGAGUAUGCAAAGUCAGGAAGAUCUUCAUGUAAAAAAUGCUCUGAAAAAAUCGAUUCAAAAUCUUUAAGAUUAGGAUCGAGUAUUUGGGACCCACGAGGGUAUGAAAACACCAAAUCGUAUCACUCAGACUGUUUCUUCCCUCUUGAUGUAAACUUGUUGUCAGCAGAACUAAUCGAAGGAUUUUCACAACUCAAGAGCAAUGAUCAAGAAAAACUGAAGAAACUUAUGACUGAAAGGGAUCAAUCUUCUAAGAAGACAUCUGAUAAAAUUGAUGAAGACAUUGGAUUGAAGAUAGACUUUUCAGCUAAUGAUGUCAAGGACAAUUACAAGCUUCCUAAUAAUGGUUUUAAGACCACAAGGACAACUUAG